AUGGAUCCCUAUGUGAUCAUUAAAUGUGGGAACACUACUAAAAAGACACUUGUUAAUGAGGGUGGUGGAAAGAAGCCCAAGUGGAAUGAGACUUUGAUCUUUGAGAUUACCUAUGAAAAAUCUUUCUCUAUUACAGUUAUGGACAAGGAUAUGUCUUUCGAUGAUAUAGUGGGUUAAGGAGAAGUUGAGCUUGAUUCUGUGUUCAGAAGCGGCAAGACUAGUAGCUCAUAUAAUCUUGGCUAUAAAGGAAAACAAGCUGGCUAGAUAUUCAUUGAUCUGGAAUUUUACUCAAGCAGCAAUCUGGGAAUGCCUAGCUUUCAGACUUUGCCAGGCUAGCAUUAACUAUCUUAUUAAUAGCCUUAAAUGAUGCAAUAAUUUGGCUAUGGCAUGCAAUAAUAAUAUCUCUAACCAAUGGGCUACGUGCCACCAGGAGGAUUUCCACCAGUAAUGAUACCUCCGCCUUAGUAUUACCAGCAACCCCAGCAAUAAAUUUAUCAACCUCCUUAGUCUCAAAUGGGUCAGCCUGUUCCACAAAUGCAAGUAUAGCAGCAAGUUCCUCAGUACUACCCAACUUUACCUUAACAAAAUUAAUAUCCUCCUUAGGGAUAAAACUAUGGUUAUAGCUAUUAGUAACAGCAAUAUCCAUUUCCUUAGAGCAAUCAGCAAUUCCCUGGCUAGUUCAGAUGA